AUGGUCACAGUGCCCAACUGCGCUAAUGGCAACCCUCAUCACCCCAACGCCAUUGCCAACCACAUAAAGGUGCAUCGUAUUGUUGAUCAUGAUAAGAAACCUUUAAUGAGAUUUGUUUAUGGUGAGCUUAUGCAAGCCAAAGAACACAUUAAGAAGGCAUUGAAUGAAGUUGAAAUAAAAAAUCAUGAGCCUAUUAUUAGAAUAAUCGAAAAAAAGAUUAAAAAUAGGCUAGAUAUAGAUACUCCUUUUCAUUUGAUGACUUUCUUGUUGAAUCCUUAUUACCAUUAUAACGAUCAUCUGCUUCAUUUGGAUGAUGAUGUUUCUAUUGGAAGCAUUAAGUUCCUUGAGACAUAUUACUUUGAUGACAUAGAAAUGCAAAACAAGAUUUUAAAGGAGGAAUUGUCCAAGAUGAAAGAGGGCAUGCUUGGAAAAUCACUUGCGGUAAAAGGAUGUGAGUCUAAUGAUGAGCAAUAUGAUCCAGCAAUGUGGUUGUCAACUUUUGGUGUGGGAACUCCAAACUUGAAAAGAAUUGCUAUGAAAAUUAUAUGUCUUGCAUCAAGUUCUUUGGGAUGUGAAAGGAAUUGGAGUACAUUUGAAGGGGUACAUACCAACAAAAGAAAUAGGUUGGAAUCUAACUACCUAAACAAUCUAGUCUUUGUGAAAUUUAAUGCAAACUUGGUGAACAAAAUGAAAAAAGAGCAAAAUGUUGAAUUAUUACUUGAUAGUGAUGCAAGUUUGGCACAAGAUAGGAUUGUUGAUAAUGAUGAAGUUGAGGUUGAAGAUGAAGUGGAAUUUGAUGAGGAACUUGAUGAAGCAUUAAGACCAUGGCCGAGUUGUAGAUUGAGGGAGCUUGAAGAAGAUAACUUUGAAUCCGAAAGUGAAGAAGUUGAUGUGAUUGUUGAGUUUGAAGAUGAUGAAAAUUGUGUGAUAGAUCAAUAUGGACAAGAAGAUGGAGAAGAAAACCUUGAAAGUUGA